AUGAAAUUGAAGUGCCAUGUUGGUGGUGGUGCGGUUGGGGUUGGGGUGAUGUCAGGUAUGGGGAAUGCUGGUGGUGGUAGCAGUGGCAGCUGUAGAGGCAGCGCUAUUGGUUCCGGUGGUGGUUGGUUAGGUGGAAGGGUUGUGAUGGUGGCAUGGCAUUACCAGUGGUGGAAGCAAGGGAAAGGUAGUGGCAACGGUGGAGCCAGCAGCAGAGAUGAGCAGUGGAGAGGGGGUGGCGCUAGUGGUGCCAACUGGCGAGGAUGGUUGGUGCCGUCGCAAAGGGCAGUGGUGAUGGCAGCCGUGGCAUGCUUAUGGUAG